CAUCAGAUAAAAUUGAAAAGGAGAAUUUGGCAAUAGAUCUUAAACGGAUACGAAUUCAAAAAAGAAAACAAAAGAACUUAACACUUCAAAAUAUUCAAACAACACUAUUUGGAGAAGAAAUCGCAUCAAAUCUUUUUGAUUAUAUCGUCAAUAAUAA